ACGCUGUCCAAAAAAAAAAGAAAAAAGGGGGAAGGGGGCGCAACAUCGCAGUAAAAUAUUAACCUUGAAAGACUCCACUGCGUUACCAUAGUUUUCUGCACCGGUGCAUAUAUAUUAGCUUAUAUUCAUAAAUAUAUAUGCAUGUAUUUGUCUUCGCAUUGAUUAAAAAAAAAGAUUAAUGUGCCUUUUUCUCACUAUUAAGAGAAGUUACCCGCGAGGCAGAGAAAGAAGACAGAAAGCAACAGUUUUCUGUUUGGCUUAAAAGCCAAAUAUUUUUUUUUUUAAAAAAGGCAUUGCAUCAACGGGCUUUUGAACUCUCUAGGAUAUUUUAAAAAGUCGCUUAUUUCGACUGAAACCUGUGGGACGGGAGAAGUGGGAGAAAGGAAGAAGAGGAAGAGGCUGCAGUCGCCGGAGCCACGCAGUGGACAGUGGUGAUUUAGGGACCUUCCCUGUCAUCGUGCUCCAGGCGGCAGGAGGUCGGGUGCGAACGCUGGUCCCGAGAGAGCGCCAGCGCGCGGAGAACUCUUCCAGAGAGGAGCCGAGUCGCCCCUCAUGGGAAAUAGCUGGGCCAAUGGACCACGAGACGAGGAGCAUCUGAAGGAGCAUGCCGAUUCGGAUAUGGGGAUACCCAGAUUUUUUGCUGUGCUGUUGAUGAUUCUAGAGUACUCUCGCCUAGGACGCCCUGCCCUGCUACGCCCCAUCUGUGACUCUCGCGUCCUGGACCGCUUCAUCAGGGAGGCCCGCGACACGGAGAACGCCAUGAGGACGUGCAAGGAGGGCUGUGGUUGGACAGAGCCUCUCGCUGUCCCCUUCACCAGCGUCAACUUCAACGAGUGGGAGAGCAAAGAUAGCCGGGAGCAGGAAGAGGAGGUCCAGUCUGGGUUGAGGCUACUGACCCAGGCCAUUUCCACAGCAAGAACCACUGUCACCAACACGGGCCUGCAGGAGCUCAUAGACACCAGCUACAGCAACCUGUACAGUAUAAGGCAGAUACUGAAGAGCUUAAACAUACAGGAGGGUGGGCCGUCAGCCUCAGUGAUGCCAGGGGAGAUGUGGCAAGUGUCCAGCCUGGCAGAGCUGUUCCGGGUUCACACCAACUUCCUGCGAGGCAAGGUCCGCCUGCUGCUCAGCCAAGCUAAGGCGUGUCAGAAGAAUGGAAGCUGAUUGGUCAGAGCAGGGGUGGGGCAGGGUUUCAGGAGCGAUACCUGAUUGGCUGAAUUAGGGGUGUGGAGCGGAAAGAUGGCAGCUGAUUGGGCCAAAACCAAGGAAUAGAGGUGUGAAGACAUGGCUUUGGCCUAGGACCUAUGGAAGAGACCAUUAGGAGUGGAAAGAGUUUGUGAGACAUGGAUUUUUAUCUCUUGAUUGAGGCUUGGUAACCAGACAGAGAAGAAACUGGAGCACUGAUGAACUUACUACAGAAGGGCUGAUCCAAACACUGCUGCCCCACGUAUCUGUCAUGAGACUGUCGGUAGUUCCGUCAGUCUGGGCUAAAGAGGCAAGCUUUAAUCCUACAGUGCUUUCUACACACAGCUGUUUCAUCUCUUCCACAUCUGUGAUUCCUGAUUUCCUGGGUUUGGGCACGAUGCAGUUUUCCCUUUUGCCACCACCUCCAGACUGGAUCGACAGACAGGCUCAUUCCGCUGGUGGGAAGUGCAGAGCAGCUCGGGGGGAGGGCGGGGAGCGCUUGUGUGGCAGUCGUCAUCGUUGGCCCCCCCCACGUCUCUGGCUGAGCCAGUUCACCCUCCACCAUCGAUCGCGAACGUGAGAAGAGAAAAGACGUCUUUUGCUUCCUCGACUGGGAAUCGCCCAGUGUUAACCCACACAGCACACUUCUCUGGCAGCCCAUACGCCAGCAGGGGGAGCCGACGAGCGGCGCAAGCAGGCCUCCUUCGUCCCACUCCGCAAGAUCCUGCAUGGAGUGUGAAGGCAGAGCCGGGCUGGAACCAAAGACAUGACGGACAACAUUCACUACGCUUAAUGACAUUAGCAAACAUGUUUUUCCUGGAUCAGGGGAUUUCAUGCUACAGUCUGCAGAUAUCCAGGAUGUGGGUGUGGAUUCUAUAUGCUGCACACGCCUGAGCCAGGCUCCUCCUCCUUCCCCCUCCUUCUCCGGCUCGUCCACGGCCCAAUCCCUCCGCAGGUGUGUUCGGAGGAGCCUCUGCAGGACAGAUCCUACCCGAGCGCGGGAUUCCUCAGAGGAGGGUGGUUUUAUCAAUCGAACUGGUGGGCAGGUGGGCGAGCUGCGCUCGAGGAGUCAAAGCAGGGUCUCGGCCCCCCUUUCUCUCAAUGUUAUCCGCCCAGCAUGCCACUCCUACAGCUAAAGCAUGUUCCUGUCGGACAUGGCCUUCCCAGUCUGGCGCUGGGAGAGGGAGAGCAGUGUGGAGAUUCACAGCCAGGCCCCAGGGAUCCCCUGGAGAGACAGAGGCGAACCUGAGGCUGGGACACUCGGGGCACACGCUCCGAAUGACCAAUCCCGCCAGGACAAACGCUCCUCCCCAUCGCCUAGCUUCCUUCCUGUCCCUCUCCCGGCCAUGAGAAACCACGGUCAUCGGAAUUCUGGAGUUUGCGUGUUCCUGUCCAUGUUCUGUUUUUAUUAUCCCUUUCCGGAUGCGUUGCGGGUCUUAAGUUAUGUUGUACAGAUUCUCUGAUACAGGUUCUUUGUUUUUUCACAGAGCUAUUUGCUAUUUAAAUAAAAAAUAUUAUUCUUAGAUAAAACGGAAAAAA